CGUUGCUCCCACCCAGGCCCCCAUCGCCGGCGGUGCUCCCCGGCGGCGGCCGCCACCUCUGCUGCGCCGCCGGCCAGCUGGCCCGCCACCCUACCCUGCUUGACUGCUCCCCCGCCUGCUUGUUGCUCGCCGACUCGCACAGGUAGUAGCUGCUGUUUCUGAAUUUUCGGAUAGGGAGGAGAGGAGUGCUCACAGCCGGACAGAGGACAGGGCCGAAGCAACUAUUGGCGGUGGCAGGAUGGAGGUGAAGCUCAAGGACCUUGUCCCAUCGACCAACACCGUGAACACGACGUUCAUCGUGGUCGACAAGGCGACCCGUCCAACCCAUGGAAACGCGCAUGGCAGGGAGGAGACAUGCCUGUCAGUGGUGGCCGACGAGACGGCGGCGGUGCAUUUCCUACUAUGGGGCACCGAGUGCGACGCCUUGGAGCCUGGGGACAUCCUGCGGCUCACGAGCGGCAUCUUCUCCUACCAUAGGGGCAACAAGCUCUUCCUGCGGGCGGGUAAGCGAGGACGCACGGAGAAGGUGGGUGAGUUCACCAUGACGUUCAUCGAGACACCCAACAUGAGCGAGGUGAGGUGGGGGCCCGAUCCAGGCGAUCCGAGGAAAAUGGUGCAGGACGCCAUCCUGUCGCCCUGCUCCCAGGUCUUCGAGCCGCUGCACUGACUGAUGCCAUGCCAUCGUUUCAGGCUUCCAGCUCCUUGUUGCUCGUCAAGCUUGGCAAUUAGAGUACUUAUUGCUACCAUUGUUGAUUGGUUUGGCAUCACCAAUAUACGACACUAAAAUUAGAAUUCUCUUAUGAGAUCAUAUAGGGAGCCUGCACCCUGCUCUCGGCGGACAAAUACAACUCAUUCUCGCCCCUC